GACGGCGCGGGCGCGGUAGUACGCGCGCUCUACUCCCACCAACCGCGCGCUAUCUGCGCAUACGCAGCCUUUGCACAGUGUUGCCAUACAUAAAAAAUCUACAGUGAUAUGAUAUACGUUCCAAAUUCAAAGUGGAUUACAGUGAAUAAACUUAGACCAGUGAAUUAAAGUGACAAACCCCGUGUGGACAGGUGAUACAGAUAUACCGUAUCUACUUGGAGCAAUAACUUUUUCGCUCAACAACACCUAUUAACUGUUUAUGGCCUGUAUAGUGCGUCUAUUGUAGUGUGGAAGCGUAUACUAAUCUAUUCACCUGUCUCGACGCUACCUUCUGCGGUUGGACUGUGAAAUGUGACAAAAAAUUGCAAUGAGCUUCUAUUGUUGUGCGGACCCUUCGUUUGUAAACUUUGUGGGUUAACUACCUGACUACUGGAGGGUUGAAUUGGACACAUCUGACGAUCGAUCGAGCAACUCGUCUCCUUAUGUUUUUAAAGCGUGAUGUCGGACAACGGUGGAACAGUUGUAUCACGGGCUUCUACACCACGCCCUGUUUCUGAUACACCCGUCACUGCACCUUUACGAUCCAGACAUGAUCAAUUUCUCACAAGUUCUGCAGAUAGAGCCCAACAAAGACCAUCUUCUAAUGGAAGAAAUCCAGGCAAUAGUUUUGAAUCACCCCCAUUACCCUACCAUCGACAGAUGACAUCUGGUUCCUUAUUAACAGCGUCCCAUCGAGAAUCUUCGGCUUUUGUUCCUGUAGUACCGACAAGAUCCAUACAUCCCGUCAUUUACCCUAAUGAAAUGCAUCCUGCAUUAAUACCUUCCGAAAUUAUGGAACGAGAAAGAAUAUUGGAUAGAGAUCGUACUGAAUCUGCAAAGGGAUCUCCGGAUAGAGCAACAGCGAAUUUCCCAAAACGGAACUUUGAUUUAAUGGCUAUGAUGGUUGAAAAAAGAAAAGAAGUGGCCCUUCGUGAGGCUGCAGCGGCUAUGCUACUGCCACAUCAUAGAACACCAUCUAUUGAUGGCAUGAUCUCUGAUGGAUCAACACAAUCCCCAAUAUACGGUCCACCAGGUGCAUAUCUUGGUGCACCAGGUCCAUCCCCAACAACGCCCGGCAGUUUCAGUUUUCCCGGAGCUGGAUUAUUUCCACCUGGAGCAGGCCCACAUCAAAUGCAUCCUCACUUAGAUCGCCGAUUGCUUAGAGCACCAGGAAGAGCGUCAAGACCUAAAAAACAAUUCAUAUGUAAAUUCUGCAACAGACAAUUCACAAAAUCCUACAACUUGCUCAUCCACGAAAGAACUCAUACAGAUGAACGACCAUACUCCUGUGACAUUUGUGGAAAAGCAUUCCGAAGACAGGACCACUUACGAGACCACAGGUACAUACAUUCUAAAGAAAAGCCGUUCAAAUGUACCGAAUGCGGGAAAGGAUUCUGUCAGUCGAGGACCUUAGCCGUCCACAAGAUUCUACAUAUGGAAGAAUCUCCCCACAAAUGCCCAGUAUGCAGUCGAAGUUUCAACCAACGCUCUAAUUUGAAGACACAUCUACUGACCCAUACAGACCACAAGCCCUACGAGUGCAAUUCUUGUGGAAAGGUAUUCAGAAGAAACUGUGAUUUAAGGCGGCAUGCUCUGACACACGCUGUUGGUGAUAUACCACCAGGGGACGUAUUAGAUGUAGGUGAAGAGGAUAUUGGAAGACCCGGCUCUCCUAUUGAACCUGGUUUUGAUGAUGAUGAUCCAGAAUUGUCGUCUCCUGAUCAUUCUCCCGUAAGGCGAGCGCGAUCAUCUUCACUUGAAAGUAUUGGAAGAGAACAAAGCGAAGAAAGACCAACACCUAGAAGAGCAUCACCUUCAGCGGUGGAACGGACGCAAUGCCAUCAUAAUGAACCAAGAGAUCGAGCAAGUCCUUACACUAUGCGCCCUCAGUAUUUAGAAAAAAGUCGCGCACACUCUUCUGAAAUGUAUGAAAAACGAAGAUACACUUCCGAUGAAAUUAUAGAAAAGGAAAUGCGUUACACUGAUAUGCCUGAACAAAUAAGGCAUCCGCAAUUGCAAAUUCGACGAGAUUUGCAUCAAGUGGCUCCUCCAGAUACAUCUAAAAUUGGUCAAAUAUCAGGUUCAUCUGUAGAUCCAGGAACUUCUGCAAUGUACUUGACACCAUUUAGAAAAAGAAGUCAUCCGCCAGAUAUUGGUGAGAACAUGAGGACUUGUACUGCUGUUUAUAGAAGCAGGUCACCCGAACCUACUAAUCUGACUAUGCCACGACAGUCGCUUGGAAGUAACGAAGUAGUAGUUGGAAUACCACCGACAAUUAUGGGGAUGCCUUCAUACCACAAGUUCGGUUUGCCAAUGCCACCACCACAUCCUCAAAUGGCAUAUGGUACAGUUCCACAUACAGUUCUUGGCCCACAGCAAACAGUCGCUCAGGAUUUAAUAGUUAAACAUGCUCCUCCUAAAGAUACGAUUCCAAGCUGCUCUUCAACAAGCGUAACAAUGUGCAAAGAUGUUUUGCAAUCAAAUGUGAAAGAUUGCGAAGAUGUAAAUUCAAGUGCUAUUGCUAACGGCAUAAAGAAUAUUGUGGGAAUACAGCCAAAUAAUCCCAAGCCAGGAUCAAGCCAAUCCAGUGGUCCUAAGAAAGGUUUUAGUAUAGAAGAUAUUAUGCGACGUUGACUGUAAGUUAACUUUACAUUAAGAAGUAAUGGAUUAUGAUGAUUUUUUUAAAAAGAAAGUUUGUGUCGUCCUGUAUUUUAAGCUUAGUUAUAAAUUUUUGACAAGUAUUAUUAGUUCAAGAUUCGAUUUUAUGUUGUGUAAAAUUACUAGGGGUGUGUUUGUAUGUAUUUGAAUCGUGGAUUUGGUUUUCGUAAAGAUCUCAUAAGGUUUGUUUGUGCAGUGUUUUGUUUACCUCCAAAUUUUAAAAAUUAGUCUUAUCAAAAUUAUAGGCAAUAUAAUAUUAUAUAUUUUUAUGUUAUUGUUGGAGUUUUGUGUGUAUUAGAGAAUAAAAUAGUAUGCAGUGUAUCCAUCAAUUCUGAUUUAGAGUUACAUGAUUGUUAUUAGGCAUUAAGGUCUACAAAAGUUGCGACUGGUUCUUUAGCUAAUAAAACUGUUAUUUAUUAUAUAGAUAUAUCGUAAGUCUAUUAUAAUUUAGAAUUAUCAUUUUUAGUAAUUUAAUUAUUGUAUGUAUUCGUGAUUUAACUUAAGCAAUCAUAAUAGUGUUAUGUUGUACAUAUAAUUAAAUAAUUAUUUAGGCUAUUAUCAGUUUAGGUAUAUAAUUGUUAAGUAUUGAAAAAAGAAUGUCUGUAAUUUAUAUACGAAGAAGAUUCAUUAUACUGUAGUGUUUGAUAA